AUGCGUUCUCCAUCGUUGUAUAGUCAGGAUGAUCCAAUUACUGCAGCUAUGAAACCGCCCUCCACAGAGACAGACUCGGAGCGGGCUCUCCGUCUUGAGGCAGAGGCAGAGGCGAAAAGAGUCUCUGAACAAAUAGACGAGGAUCUGCGAGAGGAGCGAGAAAGGCUGAAGAAGAAGAAAAGCGAUGUUAAGUUAUUACUGUUGGGCCAAGCCGAAAGUGGAAAAUCCACGCUUCAGAAGCAGUUCCAACUCAUGUACAAGCCCAAUUCUAUCGACCAGGAACGCUCUUCGUGGACAGCUGUCAUUUAUUUCAAUGUUGUGCAUUCUUUGAAACAGAUCUUAAAUACAUUGGAGCAGUGGGAUGAUGUCUUGGACGACGAAAACGGCGACAUUCUAGAUAUCGCCCCUGAACCUUCACACAGAGCCAAAGGCAAUGGAAUCGCCGACCAACCCUCACCCUCGACCUCGUUGAUGGGCGGCAAUGGCACCGUCAACGGGUCUCCUGGAUCUGUCGCUCACUCUGAUGCCCCUAGUACUUCAAACGCUGCUGGUUCAUCUAAGGAUGCAGGGGCUAUCCAGAUAGGACAAUUACGCCGCCGACUUUCUCCCCUCAUGGCUGCCGAAUCCCAGUUGGCUGACCGAUUAAGUGGGGGCAUCACGGUCUCCGGUUCUGGCAAAGGAGGGGUUUACGUACGUAGUGGGUGGCAAGCACGCACGAUCGAAAAUGCCCUGACAAUGAUCAAACGACCAUCUACUGCUAACGAGAAGAGACCUCGUAUAAGCGAGUCACAGGAUUUUACCCCAGACCCCAUGGUCCAAGAAAUCGGUCGCAUGCUGGAGGCUUGCGAGGAAGAUAUCCAUGAGCUUUGGAGCAACCCAACGGUCAAGGGCAUGAUUGCCAAACGACGUUUGAAGUUGGACGAAUGGUCCGAGUUUUUUUUGAGGCAUAUAUCGCGUGUAGCAUCGCCGGAUUACGUGCCAACCACCGACGACAUCUUGCACGCCCGCAUUCAGACAAUGGGCGUGGCAGAGCAUAUAUUUGAUGUUAAUAUCCAUGGAAAGUUGGUGACCUGGCAUCUUUUCGACGUUGGCGGUGCUAGGGGCCAGCGACACUCGUGGGUACCAUAUUUCGACGAUGCCAACGCGAUAAUCUUUGUUGCCCCUGUGAGCGCAUUUGAUCAGUACUUGGAGGAAGAUCCUCGUGUCAACCGUAUCGACGACUCCCUGCAACUUUUCACGCAAGUGUGCUCAAAUGCCCUUUUGAAGAGCGUUCAUCUUGUCCUUUUCCUAAAUAAGACUGAUCUCCUGAAGGCAAAAUUAGACAAGGGUCUGAAAGUUCGCAAAUACAUCACGUCCUUUGGAGAACGAUCCAAUGACUACGAAACCGUUGUCCAAUAUUUCCGUGCCCACUUUUUACAAGUACACAGGCGGAACAACGAAAAUCGCCGUGUUCUCUAUACCCAUUUUACCAGUGUAGUGGAUACCAAGGCGACUCAGCGCAUUAUUGGAAACGUUCGCGAUUCCAUUUUCCGCGGAUAUCUUCAAUCCGCAGCUUUGGUUUAA